CUUAAAUUAUUCUGUAGUUGUUAUAACAUACGACCACAGGUUAUCACACAUCCAUUCCUUGUUAAACAUGCUUAAAUCGUCACGUUCAUUUGCUCCCAUCGCGAAGAGACUUCUCUCCAGCGCGUCAGAGCCAUCUUCAAAAGACCUCUUGGAGAAGUCGGUCAUCCUGGGUAUGAAGAGCUCGAAGCCAAAGGCAUCUUCAGCUAGCGUGAACAGCGAGAAGAAGAACGAUAUGGACCUCAGAGUGUUGGACGAGUCCAUUCGCAAAUCUGAAUAUUUAUCACAGGGUUAUAGAGACUCGAAGAGAUUCGCACAGCUCCCUCCACACUAUGCUCGUAACCAGCACUUGGAGCUGUCGUCAAACUCCACAGACUCUUUACGCUCUAUACUGUGGAAGUUCGACGCUCCUAUAAGGUAUGCGUUUGCUUAUGGGUCCGGUGUGUUUUCACAGGGGUAUUCGAGCCCAGAUACACAGACUGAUCUGAUCUUUGGUGUCACUUACCCUGAGCACUGGCAUUCUAUCAACAUGAAGUACAACCCAGACCACUACUCGUGUUUGAGGUACUUUGGUUCUGGGGUUGUCUCCAAAUUCCAAGAGGUUGGUGCAGGUGUCUAUUUCAACCCAUUUGUUGAGAUUGAAGGCCAAUUGGUCAAAUACGGUGUUGUGAGCAUCGACAAUCUCGUUACCGAUUUGUCCAAGUGGAAUUCAUUCUACCUUGCAGGGAGAUUGCAAAAACCUGUCAAGAUACUGAGAGAUGACACGAUGGUUCGUUACUGGAACCAGCAGAACCUGAAAGCCGCUGCAACGCUAGCAUACCAUCAAUUACCCGAGUCUGAGACUUUUGACGAGUUCCAGUUCUUCAAGAACAUCACCAGUCUAAGUUACAUCGGAGAUGUGCGUUACAGACUGGGCGCGGAGAACCCAAAGAAGAUCGAUAACAUCGUCGAAAAGAACUUUGAGUACUUCCAACAGUACUAUUCUCCGAUUAUGGACGAAGUCAUCAACAAGAAGGAGUUUCUUCUCCCACCAGGGUUCACUGUUGAGAACGCCUCAAAGAAGCUCGAGAAGACCAUCCUAAGGAGCUCAACGUCACAAAUGCUUAAAGGCCUGUUCACCGCCGGUGUCAACAAGUCUAUCAAGUACGCUGUUGCCAAAAGGCUGAAAGCAAAGCAGUGAAGCUACAGGAACCACCGCCCUGCCACCUUCCCGCCGAGUGGGAAGAACACGGACAUCACCACCUGGUGAGCGCUCAACCUCUGCGAGGUUGACCUCGUUGUUUCCUAUAUAUUUAUAAUUACCUAAGCUUCAUUAUCAUACCCAUAGUACAAACACCAACAGAUAAGGUGGCUAUCCAUAGAAAGAGCAUCGUUGUUGUGGUUGGUGUAUCCAUGAC